AUGUCGCAAAAUUUUAAAAAGUCAAAAAAUAAAAAACAAGUAAAGAAUAAAGGAAAAAUUCAUAAAGACAAAGAUGAUGAAGAAAUUGAAUCCUUUUCCGAUGAGGAUAUUGCUGACAAAAUUGAAGGUAAUGAUUCAUCAGAAGAAGAUUUAGAAACUCCUCAAGAAAAACGACUUAGAAUAGCUAAAGAAUAUAUAUCACAGAUUGAACAAGAAGAAGACCAUAUUGAGGAUGAUAAAACAAGGUUCUCAGUAAUCAGCAAUAAAUUAACUGAAGAAAUGCUGGAAAAAUCAGGGAAACUUCAAAGAUAUAUAGCAAAUAAAUAUACUCUUCCAACUAAAGAUAAUAUAAUAUUAAAACGGGGUCAUAAAUUAACCCCAACAUGUGCAAUCAUAUCAUCUGAUGUUAAAUAUAUAUUUAGCUCUUCUAAAGAUGGCAUUAUAAUUAAAUGGGAUCUUGAAUCCAUGAAAAGACUUGGUAUCAUAAGACCUGGAAAUAAGAAAAGUGAUCCAGUGCAAAACAAAAAACAUAAAAAUCAAAUUAUAGCUUUGGCUCUUUCCUUUGAUAACAAAUUUUUGGCAUCUGGUGGAUUAGAUAAAAUAAUACAUAUUUGGGACCCAUUAUCAUUGGAACACAUUCAUUCUUUUAAAGGACACAAAAACACUAUAUCAGGUCUAGUGUUUAGGCAUAAAUCUCAUCAGCUCUUUAGUGCUUCUUUUGAUCGGUUUGUUAAAAUAUGGGAUCUGGAUCUAAUGAGUCACGUGGAAACAUUAUUUGGUCAUCAAGAAGCUAUUACCGACAUUGACAGUUUUAUCAGCGAACGAUGCGUGACAAGUGGCGGCAGAGAUUCUGCAGCUCAUUUGUGGAAGAUAGUGGAAGAGACGCAAUUGGUCUAUCGUUUUCCCGGUUGCUCUGUUGAUCGAAUACGUUACAUCAAUGAAGACCAUUUUAUGACUGGAACGGAUGAAGGAACUGUUUCCAUAUGGAACAUAGGUAAAAAGAAACCUUUAGUAACUUUCAAUCAUCGACAAAACGUAUAUGUUAUUAAAGAUAAUGAUGUUCUUCAAAAUCCUUUUAACAAAGUGUCUAAUUUAAAUGAACCUUGGAUUACUGCUUUAGGAGUAGUUUAUAAUUCCGAUCUGAUCGCUAUAGGAUCUAGCGAUUCGUUUAUAAGUUUUUGGAGAUGCGGGCCAAAUUAUAAAACCGUUUCCUUACUUUUUUCGAUACCUAUGCCAGGUUUCGUAAAUUCUUUGGAGUUUUCUAGAGAUGGCAAAUAUCUGGUAGCCACCGUUGGAAUGGAACACAGAUUGGGUAGAUGGAAGGUGUUGAAAAAUUGUCGAAAUAAAAUUUGUCUUAUUAAAUUUUUUUGAGAUACCAUAAAUUAGAGCAAAAUUUAAAAAAGAUUAUAUUGAACAGGCUUGCAGUU